GCAUCGGCAGGCGGACUGUCAACCACUGCGCCACCAGGGAAGCCCUGCCAUGCUCUUUUUACUGUUGCUUGAGUGGGUUAGGGUUUUGCUGUGAUAGCCCAAGCUUUAGGUCCGUUUUGGAAGCAGGCGAAACAAAUGACUGUGGAAAUGGAAGCGUGCUUUUACCUGUUAGUGUUCCAGGCUGUCCAGAGCCGGGGUUUUUCCUGGUUGCUGAGGACAGAUGCCAGCUUUGGGGUAUUUGGGAUGUUCCCAGAACCACCAUUAACCACCGGAGCAUUUGAAAUGAAUUUGGAGAUUUGUUUUGUAUCAGGGUGCUGGUUAAUGGCUGACCAAGCAAUCUCGGGGGGCUCCUGUGCCUUUUGAUUGCUGGGGAAUAGGUCUGCUCUGGCCCAGGUGCCGCCUGAAGCUGAUGAUCCAGAGCCAUAAAUUGUCAAAACUGGACAGGACCAGAUAUCAGCCCAGUCCUCUCAUGUGAUAGAUCCAGAUGGGUUAGGGGAUCCUUUUGAAGUCACCUAGCUAGUCAGUGAGAUGAGAACCUUGGUCUCCUAACUCUCAUUUCCGGGCCCAUAUGUAUUAGUCUAAGGAUUCUUAGACCUUUUGAACUGCUCACUUUUGCAAAGAGCAUUGAAAGGGAGACUUUAGCCAUUAUCUGGCUGUAUGACCUUGGGCAAAUUGGUCUGACUGAACCCAGUUACUCAUUGGUAAAUGGAGAUAACGUAUUCCUUACUGCUUCACAGAGUUAACCUUCUCUCAUCCCAGGUACAGACACAUUGUAGGCACAACCAUCGUUUUCUCCUUCCCCAUUUCAAAGGAAGACAAAGACGCGCCUCUUGGGCUCAGGCUGCUCUCUCCACCUGUGCAUCGCAUCCCAGCCCUUUCCCUCGCAGCUUCUUUUUUUGUAACAUCCUUCGUGCCCGCUUUCGCUCUGCGUUGUGUGAACUUCUGGAGGGUAGAGAUGGUUUUAUUUGCGGUUGUAUUUGCAUCUGGGAUAUAGUAGAUAAUUUUUUUUCAGCUUUACUGAGAUAAUUGAGAUAAUGUUUAACUGAAUAAAUAAAUGCCUUAAGAGGUAAUGUAUGCUGAGUCCCUCUCGAAGCUAUAUAUGUUUGUGUAUGUAUGUUCAAGUGCUCACAUACAUAAAUCCAUGUAUGUGAGGUAAGACUGUUUCUCAGCCUGUUGCUGAGUCGAUGUCUGUGGGAAGACAGCGAAUUCCCUGUCCUGUCAUCUCUGCGGAUGAAGAUUAAGGCUGGGGCUUCCUUGGUGGCGCAGUGGUUGAGAGUCCGCCUGCCGAUGCAGGGGACACAGGAUCGAAUCAUCAAUUUAGUUGUUGGCAGCUUAACAUCCUUGUUGAUUCUAGUAACGCUGAUCAGUGCUUUUGUUUUCCCUCAACUACCUCCAAAACCACUGAAUAUAUUUUUUGCUGUCUGCAUCUCUUUGAGUAGUAUUACUGCCUGCAUACUUAUCUACUGGUAUCGACAAGGAGACUUAGAACCGAAAUUUAGAAACCUAAUUUACUAUAUCUUAUUUUCUAUCAUCAUGUUAUGUAUAUGUGCGAAUUUGUACUUCCAUGAUGUGGGAAAGUGAGUCUGCCAAGGAGAAAUACUUACCAGGUCUCUUCAAAGCUAUAUAUUUGGACUUGAAUAAGAACUGGAUAAGGUAUGCUGAACAAUCUCCUGCAUAAGUCUGAUACAUGAUUUUCAUGUUAAUUUUAAAUCUAAAUUCCCUCUUGCAGGGGAGACAUAUCCUAGAUCCUUUGCUUUUUCUUUAAGGAGCUGAUGUUGCACUUAAACAUUCCCCCUUAAAGCUCAAACAGCACAAGUCAUUUUCACUUUUGAAAUUAAAAUUUUUUAUAAUGGAAUUGCAUGGUGAAAGGCUAUGCAACAAACAAUCUUGCAUUUUAAGACAAAUACUCUUUUAUUUCUGUUAAACUGAAUAUACAAUUAUUGUUCCCUAGGCAACCAACUUUUGCUUAUAACUACAAUUUCACGUUAACAAAAAACACAAGACGGUGAAAAGACAACUUUGAUUGUGUAAAUCUAAUUACAAUAAUAAAUAAAAUAAUUUAUACAA